AUGCAAACAACAAAGCAAUGUGCGUACAGGCCCAUUCCUCUCUCUCUCGGUCUCUCCUAACCCCGUCCUGUGUGUGAUUCCCUCGUUUGCUCCGUUCCCAGCUUUCCUCCUCCUCGCACAGGCUCCCCUCUAAAACCCUCUGCCUCCACUGUAAAUCUUUGCAAAGCUGAUUUCUAACAGCAAGAAUUCGCUGUUUCUGUUACCGCACCCUCCAGGGGCCUAUACAUCCAGCGCCUGCCUGGCUUGCUUCAUUCGUGGAUCUGAGAGCAUUUUGCUGCAUUCAGUAACAUUCUCGGAGGGGAUUUCUCCGUGCUGCUUCUGUGGAUUUCUCUGAGAAUUGUCAGCGGGAUUUGUGAGCAUUUCGUGCGGUGUUUUCAUGGUUCCUUUGUUUGGCAUGUGUUAGCGAAUUCCUCAGCAUUGAAGAUUUUUGAGUCCCCUCUGGAGUGUUGAGGGUCACUAAGUUCUUGAUCAUUCACUAAAUAUUGUUUUUCAGUUUUAGUUUCAUGUUUAGAGGACAUUGGUACUGUUUUGCAACCAUUCCAGAUUGUUGCACAUCUGAAAGUUUGCACACCUUUGUGGGAAAAGAAUGACGCUUUAUUUUUCUGGAGAAUGAAUUCCUGUGGCAUCUGAUGCUCUAGGACCAUAAAGCUUGCAACUUUAGUGCUGUCCUACCUCAGUAGACUGAAGCUGUUUUUCCCCUGCUUGGUUGGUAUUGAUCGUCGUGGGCAAAGCAGAGGAAGACCCUCCCAUGGAGAUGACUGACAUGAAACCAGAGGAGAUGAGCCACCCUCCCAUGGACCAGCUGCUCGGAAUGGAGUACUGCAUAGACUCCAACCCGUCCUGGGGAGGAGCUGUUUUGCUGGGCUUCCAGCAUUUCAUCCUUUGCUUGGGGACGGCAGUGAUGAUCCCCACCUUGUUGGUUCCCCUCAUGGGAGGAAAUGCUCAUGACAAGGCAAAGGUAGUACAGACAGUGCUAUUCGUGACUGGAAUAAAUACAAUGCUCCAAACUCUGUUUGGAACUCGUCUACCGACCGUCAUCGGUGGGUCUUAUGCAUUCCUAGUCCCAGUCAUGUCAGUAAUCAGUGACCACUCACUGAUACAAAUUGCUGAUAACCAUACAAGGUUCAAAAUGACCAUGAGAGCCAUACAGGGGGCCCUGAUAAUAUCAUCCUGCAUUCAGAUAAUACUUGGCUUCAGCCAAUUGUGGGGGGUAUGCUCCAGGUUCUUCAGCCCACUUGGGAUGGUUCCAGUUAUUGCAUUGGUUGGGCUUGGCCUUUUCGAGAGAGGGUUCCCAGUGAUUGGAACAUGCGUGGAGAUCGGUGUUCCUAUGCUUGUCUUGUUUGUGGCACUUUCCCAGUAUCUGAAGCAUGUACAAGUGCAUCCUUUUCCGAUAUUGGAGAGGUUCUCAGUGCUCAUCACCAUUGCAGUUGUCUGGUUAUAUGCCCACAUCCUCACCGUGAGUGGGGCAUACAAACAUAGUUCGCAGGUCACCCAGCUCAACUGCCGAACCGACCGUGCCAGCCUCAUCACAACCAUGCCAUGGUUUGAUAUUCCAUACCCACUGCAAUGGGGUCCCCCGAGUUUCAGUGCAGAUCAUUCAUUCGGCAUGAUGGCUGCUGUGUUGGUGUCAUUGGUAGAGUCUACCGGAGCGUUUAAGGCUGCUGCCCGGUUGGCAAGUGCGACGCCGCCCCCACCAUUUGUCCUAAGCAGGGGAAUUGGAUGGCAGGGAAUCGGGCUGCUAUUAGAUGGCCUAUUUGGUACUGCCAGCGGCUCUACUGUCUCUGUGGAGAACGUGGGUCUCCUAGGAUCAACCAGGAUUGGUAGCAGAAGAGUCAUUCAGAUCUCCGCUGGUUUCAUGAUCUUCUUCUCUAUCCUAGGGAAAUUCGGAGGGCUGUUCGCCUCAAUUCCAUUCACGGUGUUUGCUGCUAUAUACUGUGUAUUGUUUGGCUACGUCGGUGCUGUGGGGCUCUCCUUUAUGCAGUUCACCAACAUGAACUCGAUGCGCAACCUCUUCAUUAUCGGCACGUCACUGUUCCUCGGUAUCUCCAUCCCGGAGUACUUCUUCCACUAUGAUCAUGGACCGUCACAUACUAGAGCUGGAUGGUUCAAUGACCUCAUCAACACCAUCUUCUCCUCACCCCCGACCGUUGGUUUCAUCAUCUCGGUGGUCCUAGAUAACACGCUGGACGUGAGGAACAGAGCCAAGGACCGUGGGAUGCCUUGGUGGGCUAGGUUCAGGACAUUUCGUGGGGAUAGUCGGAACGAGGAGUUCUACAAUCUGCCGUUCAACCUCAACCGGUUUUUCCCACCAUCGUAAGAACAUUGUACAUGCUUCAGUUUGUUGUUGGAACCGUAGAGACACCAAAACCAAGUAUCAUUGUAAUUAUGGUUUGGCUUCCAAGGGUUGUACAUGCUUCAGUUUGUUGUUGGAGAUGACUGCUGAGCAAUGAGAAUCAAUUACUUCGAGGCCACUUU